AUGGGUUCAGUACCUGAAGUUCAAAAAGCUCCUUGUAUCGACCUCGCAGGUCUUGUCCCAGCUCCCGUCACACCUUUCAAUCGAGACGGUUCAAUCGACUACGCCGCUAUUCAACGCCUGGGCUCAUGGCUUGGCAGUAUCCCAGGCGUCAAAGGAUUGGUGGUCCUCGGACACGCUGGUGAAGGCACGUUCCUUACCCAAGAAGAGCAGGUCGAUGUAAUCAAGGCGUUCGUCAAAUCCGUCGACAACAAGAUUCCAAUCAUUGCCGGUAUCACCACCGAAGGCACUGAAGUCGCUGCUCUUGAAGCUCAACGCGCAAAGGAUGCUGGUGCUCAGGCAGGCCUUUUGUACCCGAGCCAUGGAUGGCUUCGAUUUGGAUACCAAGCCGGCGCGCCGCAGGACAGGUACAAGACCGUGUAUGAGAAGUCCGGGCUACCGCUCAUUCUGUUCCAAUACCCGGACAACACCAAGGCCACAUACUCACUGCAGACUCUUUUGGAUAUUGCCGCACAGCCAGGCGUCAUUGCGAUGAAGAACGGUGUGCGCAACAUGCGACGUUGGGACACCGAGAUUCCCGUGAUCAAGGCUAAGAAUCCUGAUCUGACAAUCUUGACCUGCCACGAUGAGUACCUUCUACACACAGCAUUUGAUGUUGAUGGUAUGCUAGUCGGGUACGGAAAUAUUGCGCCGGAGCCGCUUCUGGAGAUGAUUGAGGCUGGAAAGGCCCGAGACUACCCGCGCGCCAGGGCGGUCCACGACAGGCUGCUUCCGGUCACAAAGAGCGUUUAUCACCGAGGCUCGCACAUGGAGGGCACUGUAGCGCUGAAGCACGCUUUGGUGGCAAGAGGUAUCUUGGAGCACGCGACAGUGAGGAGUGGAUUGUUGCCAUUGCCGGAUGGUGCCGAGCAGGAAAUCCACAGCGCUAUCAAGUCCGCGUCAUUGAACAAGGCCGUUGUUCCCAAGUCUCAUUGA